AUGGCCAUUGCUAUGGUGGUGAUUAGAUUUGCCCCGUGCUUUAUCGAAUCCAUCAAGGAUAUUAUUGAUCUUCUUCUUCCACUGAAUUCGAUCCUUCCGACUACCGGCAAAAACCAUUUAAAGAAACCAACAGGAAGAGAAUACCAAAAUAACUCCAUCUUUGAUAAUAGCCCAUCGGUUUAA